UACGUUGCAUCCGUGGAAAGUCAGCUUCUGCUUAGUUUAAAUAAAAUAAUACUAUGCCCAAAAAAACGGAGUUCAAAGUGGAUCAGCACUUCUAUACCUCGCACCAAAUGGUUUACUUCAACAUCAAAUCAGUUAUCAUCGGCAGACUAUCACACUCAAUGUAUAUUAAACAAGGUCCUUUUUUCACAAACAACGGAAUUAAUUCCAAGUAACGCUGUGGUCAUCGAAAUCGCACCAGACGAUGUUCUACACUACGUUUUGACAAGCUCUUUACCUCCAAACGUGACAAACUUAGUAUUAACACGACAAACCAAAAAAGAUAUUAAUACAAUUCUACAAGGAAUUGGAAAGCUUUACAAUUGCGGUUUACAGCCACAAGUUGCCAAUUUGUACCCAUCAGUUGAAUUUCCAGUUAGUCGAGGAACUCCUAUGAUUUCUCCAUCAAUCAGAUGGGAUCAUUCUGCAAAUUGGUAUGUAUCGAAAGAAAAUGCACAGUUUAUAAAAUCAAGAGGGAGAUACGUCAACAUUUUACUCGACGAUGAGGAUUAUGAAUAUAUGAGCGGUCACGUAAUUGAUGGGAAAAAUUUGCUACCCGCGACAAGUUAUUUGGGACUCGUUUGGAAAAUUAUUGCCAUGAUGAAAGGAGAAAUACAAACAACGCUAUCGAUAGUUUUCCAAGAUGUAAAAUUUAUCCGUGCUACUCAUUUGUCGAAAAAUGAUACUGUGGAACUAUAUAUUGCAAUACAGACAGAUGGAAAGUUUGAAAUAACUGAAGGAGACAGCAUUGUCGUAACAGGUACAGUAUACGAGACAUUGAAUCCAGAACAAGAAAUGAUUCCGACAGAUCUAUUAUCGGAGAAUAGUGAUGAAGAUGAAAGUAUGACUGCACGAGAUGUCUACAAAGAAUUGAAAUUGCGUGGAUACCAAUACAAAGGCUUAUUUCGUGGAUUAAAGAGUGCCUCUAUUUCGGGAACCCAAGGACAUAUCGCUUGGAAAAAUAAUUGGGAAUCUUUUAUGGAUAAUAUGUUACAAAUGAUAAUUAUCGGAUAUGAUACUAGGGAAUUGUGUGUUCCUACGAGUAUUCAAAAAUUAGUGAUCAAUCCAAUGCUUCAUGCUUCGAAGUUACAGGAAGCAGAAGUUACAACAGACAUGGAUAAACUAUUACAGGUACGAGUAUAUAAAAAGCUAGGCACGAUAAAAGCUGGCGGAAUAGAGAUUCGAGGUCUGAAAGCUACUCAGAUCUCUCGCCGAAAAUUAGCUCAAGAUGUUGUUAUCGAGGAACAUACGUUUGUAGCUCAUUGUGAUCGCGCUAAGGUUUCCUUGAACGAAGCAAUUCGGUUAUCGGGUCAACUCAUACUGGAAGAUCAUCAAAUUAUCAAAGUGCAAGCCGUUGAGCUAGUGGAAGAUGUCGAUGAUGUUGAAUUAGAACAUCUCUCGUCUUCGUUAUUGCUUGAGGCAUUUCAUGAUAUACCAAUGAUACAAAUGAAUGUCAUUCUAUUAACAUCAUCAAAUCGUUUCAUGCCAGAAGACUUACCGCAAAACUUCUCAAUCAAAGAUUUUGAAAAAUCAUCUUCGGACAAAGCUUCAAUUGUCGCUGGAUUCAAUCUUUUGACCAAACAACAUGCAUCAUUACAGCGACUGUUGCCAUUUUUGAAAAAGGGUGGUUAUCUGUUGACUCGUGAGAACUGUGACUUAACUGAUUAUAAAAAAUAUUUGCAGCAAUACGAAUUAAACGUUAUAUUCGAAAAACGCACUGAUAAAGAACUAGUUGUGCUUCUGAAAAAAAAAGUUUCAAUAAGAGAAAGAACUGUUGUUUAUAUAAGUAAUGAUAACUUUAAUUGGCUGGAGAAUCUAAAGUCACUUUUGAGUAAUGAAAACAAUCUUGACAGUAAUAGUAGAAUUAUAAUUGUGGGAGAGAAAAAUUUUGAGUGCGGUUUAUUGGGUUUUAUUAAUUGCUUGAGAAAAGAGCCAGGUAGUGAACUUGUUAGGAGUGUGCUCAUUCAAGAUGAAAAAGCUCCUAAAUUUUCUCUUCAAGACCCCUUCUACUUAGAGCAAUUGCAAAAAGAUAUGAACAUUAAUGUAUUGCGACCUAAUAAAACUUGGGGAUCGUACAGACAUUUAAAAUUACCACAACCGGAACCGAAACUUGUACUAACCGGCCAUGUCUGCCAAACGGUUCGUGGUGACUUGAAUUCAUUUCGUUGGAUAGAAAAUAAUUUAUCUGUCGUGUCUCGUCGUGAGGAUUUAGUGCACGUUGUUUACUCAUCUCUGAAUUUUAAAGAUGUAAUGCUCGCCACUGGUAAAUUAACAUUUAAUGAGACGAUUUUGCAAAGACGGUUAUUUCAGUAUUUUCCUCUUGGAUCAGAAUACGUGGGUUUUAAUGCUGACGGACAACGUGUAAUGGGAAUUCGUCAUACUAAUUGCAUAGCAAAUGUUGUUGAGAAAGACAAAGAUCUUUGUUGGUAUAUACCCGAUGCAUGGACGUUUGAAGAAGCAGCAACCGUCCCGUGCGUUUACAGCACGGUUUAUUUAGCCUUGUACAUUUAUGGGAAAAUAAAAAAAGGUGAUAAAGUACUUAUACAUUCUGGUGCUGGAGGCAUUGGACAAGCAGCUAUUCAUCUCGCUCUUAAAGAGGGAUGUGAAAUAUUUACUACCGUGGGCACGAGUGAUAAACGGGAUUUUAUUAGAAAAAUAUUUCCGACUAUUUUGGAUGAACAUAUUGGAAAUUCUCGAGAUACUAGUUUUGAACAAAUGAUAAUGCAGCAGACGAAAGGUCGCGGAGUCGACAUUGUGUUAAAUUCAUUGGCGGAAGAAAAAUUAAUCGCCUCCAUUCGGUGUUUAGCUCAAAAUGGUCGAUUCUUAGAGAUUGGCAAAUUCGACCUUAUUUCUAAUAAUCCCCUAGAUAUGUCUAUAUUUCAAAAAGGUAUCAGUUUUUACGGGGUUACAGUUGAAAAUAUGAUGAUAAAAAAUAGUGAUUCCAAAUGGAAACAUUUAUUGGUCACAUUGCUCGAAAAUGGUCUAAGUGAUGGAACAAUUAAACCAAUUCAAGCAAAAAUUUUUCCAAAAACAAAUAUUGAAGAAGCUUUUAAAUAUAUGGCGAGUGGAAAACAUAUAGGAAAGAUAAUUAUAAAUAUUCAUGAAAAAGAUGAACCUUUAGAUAAGCACAUUCUCGCGUAUCGUCGCUAUUAUUGUCUCAAAGAUAGGAGUUACAUUAUACUAGGAGGUCUAGGCGGAUUUGGUUUAGAAUUAACUGAUUGGCUUAUAAUUCGUGGUGCCAGAAACAUCGUUCUGAUUUCAAGAAAUGGAAUAAAAAACGGUUAUCAACGCAUGAAAAUUCGACUAUGGAAAUCGUACGGCGUAAACGUUCUGAUCAUCAAGAAUAUCGAUGUUGCUGAUCUCAAAGAUUGCGAAUAUAUUUUAAGGACUGCAGAAAAAGAAGCUCCAGUGGACGCUAUAUUCAAUCUGGGUGUGGUACUGAAAGAUGACAUCUUCAAAAACCAAACUGCAGAAUCAUUUGCAGAGUCCUUCCAAUCGAAGGCUCGUGCAACGCAAAUGUUAGACAAGCUUUCUAGGGAAAUCUGUCUUAAUCUGCGGCAUUUUGUGGUAUUCUCUUCCGUUUCUUGCGGCAGAGGAAAUGCUGGUCAGACAAAUUACGGCAUGGCCAACUCUAUUAUGGAAAGAAUUUGUGAAAAAAGAGCGGAGAAAGGAUUGCCGGCAUUGGCGAUUCAGUGGGGAGCUGUAGACAUAAGUAACAUAAAGCUUGUGAGUCCAAAUUCAUCUCUGGCCGAACUUGGAAUGGACUCCAUGAUGGCCGUAGAAAUCAAGCAAAUUCUGGAACGAGAAUUUGAUAUAUUUGUCACAGCACAAGAGAUGCGAAAUCUUACUUUCGCGAAACUCACUAAGAUGUCCGUUCCAAUCAUCAAUGACAAUGACAAUGACAAUGACAAUGACAAUGACAAUGACAAUGACAAUGACAAUGACAAUAUGGAUGAUGAAAAGAAAUUGAACAAAGAGAUGUCAAACGUUACAUUUUUUGUUGGCGUUGCAUUAAGAGAUGAAGAUUUUAUUUCCCCAAUUGAAUUUUUGACUAACAAACAGAACACUACGACUGAAGUACUUCUUAUUCCGGGUAUUAACGGAUGUGAUAGUAUAUUUAAAAUCAUAAUACCACAUAUUAAAUUUUCAACAUCAUUGUUGCAUUAUAAUACAAACAACAUGGAUUGUACAAACACGAUAAUGGAGACUAUUAAUCGUUUCACAAACCACAUACUUUCAAAGCUAACAGACGGAAAAGAUUUUAUAAUAGUAGGGUAUUCCUUUGGAUCUUUUAUUGCAAUUGAAGUAGCAAGAAGAUUAGAAGCUAUGAAUUUUAAAGGCCGACUUGUUCUUAUCGACGGUGCACCUGAGUUUUUACAAACAAUUUUCCAAACUUUAGAAAUAGAUUUUGAUGAAACAAAUUUUCAGAUUGAAAUAUUAACUAAUAUUCUAGAAGUCUAUUCAUAUGCACUUUUGUUUUGA